AGAGCUGUUAUUCUGGGAAUAUUUGCAGUCUAGAGAGAGAGAGAGAGAGAGAGAGAGGCCGGUGAGACUGAAGUCAUUUUGAAGAACAGAGUCACACAGAAGUCUCCCACGGGGCAUUUUGGAGGAUUAAAGAGAAAAUGAAAGAAGAGACGAUCCUGAGGACACCCACGUUACCUGGGAACCUGUUCUUCCACGCACACCUGUGCUGAGAAGGGAUUACUUGACCGCACGCACCUGCGUACCUGUGUGUAUUUGUCAGUCAUGGAGGCGAUGCUCAUGAGUUUGGGGGAGAGUGUGUGUGUGAGGCACAGUGUAUUAUGGGAUGUGACCUCAGCCGCUCUCAGGAGAUUGAGGCACACACACCUCAGAGCACCUGACGUCUUGGUUCGCUCUGUAUAUCAGAUGACGGAAGGGCGGAGAUGUCAGGUUCAUCUCCUGGAUGACAGGAAACUGGAGCUUCUGGUACAGCCCAAGUUAAUGGCAAAGGAUCUUCUAGACCUGGUGGCAUCCCACUUCAAUCUGAAGGAGAAGGAAUAUUUUGGAAUCUCUUACGUAGAUGAGACAGGCCAUUUCAGCUGGUUGCAGCUCGAUCGGCGUGUUCUGGAACACGAGUUUCCCAAGAAAUCCGGACCCGUUGUGCUUUACUUCUGCGUUAGGUUCUACAUAGAGAGUAUCUCCUACCUUAAAGAUAAUGCAACGAUAGAGCUCUUCUUCCUCAAUGCAAAGUCCUGCAUCUAUAAGGAGCUCAUAGAGGUAGACAGUGACGUAGUGUUUGAACUGGCCUCCUACAUCUUACAGGAAGCUAAAGGAGACUUCACAAGUAAUGAUGCUACUAGGGCUGAUCUAAAGAAGCUGCCAGCACUGCCUACACAAGCACUGAAGGAGCACCCUUCACUCGCAUACUGUGAGGACCGGGUCAUCGAGCACUAUAAGAAGCUAGGCGGACAGUCCAGAGGCCAGGCUAUCGUCAAUUAUAUGAGCAUAGUGGAAUCAUUGCCCACAUAUGGAGUGCAUUAUUACGCUGUUAAGGAUAAGCAGGGUAUUCCAUGGUGGCUGGGUUUGAGUUAUAAGGGUAUUUUUCAGUAUGACUACCAGGACAAAGUCAAACCAAGGAAGGUGUUCCAAUGGAGACAGCUGGAGAAUUUGUACUUCAGGGAGAAGAAGUUCUCAGUGGAAGUCCAUGACCCCAGAAGGGCGUCGGUAACGCGUAGGACGUUUGGUCACAGUGGCAUCGCUGUGCACACCUGGUACGCCUGUCCCACUCUCAUCAAAUCCAUCUGGGCCAUGGCUAUCAGCCAACACCAGUUCUACCUGGACCGCAAACAGAGCAAGAGCAAGAUCCACGCAGCACGCAGUCUGAAUGAGAUAGCCAUAGACCUGACGGAAACGGGAACCCUCAAGACCUCCAAACUGGCCAACAUGGGCAGCAAAGGCAAAAUUAUCAGUGGAAGCAGUGGAAGCCUGCUGUCUUCAGGCUCUCAAGAGUCGGACAGUUCCCAGACCGCUAAGAAGGACAUGUUGGCGGCUUUGAGGGCCAGACAGGAAGCUCUUGAGGAGACGCUCAGACUGAGAAUAGAGGAACUGAAGAACAUCUGCAUCAGAGAAGCGGAGCUGACAGGAAAGCUCCCAAAGGAGUAUCCUCUGGACCCCGGGGAGGAGCCACCUACCGUCAGACGCAAAAUUGGCACAGCUUUUAAACUGGAUGAACAGAAGAUCCUGCCCAAAGGAGAGGAAGAGGAGUUGGAACGCUUGGAGAGGGAGUUUGCGAUCCAGUCUCAGAUAACGGAGGCGGCGCGGCGGUUAGCGUCGGAUCGGCACAUCAGUAGCAAAAAGCUGAAGAAGCAGAGGAAGACGUCCUAUCUGAACGCUCUCAAGAAACUGCAGGAUAUCGAAAACGGCAUCAACGAACACCGCGUUCGCACUGGGAAGAAACCCACACAACGUGCCUCUCUCAUCAUAGAGGAAGCGAAUAUCGGCUCAGAAGACAGCUCGCUGUCGGACGCCCUGGUGCUGGAUGAUGAUGACCCCCAGGUGACAGGAACCCCAACGUUUUCUCCGGCUGCCUCCCCCCACAAGGGUCUACCUCCACGACCCCCCUCCCACAGCCGGCCGCCCCCUCCGCAGUCUCUGGAUGGACUGAGACAUCUGCACUAUCAGCGCAGCGACUAUGACAAGUCCCCAAUCAAACCGCGCAUGUGGAGCGAAAGCUCAUUAGACGAGCCCUACGAAAGGGUGAAGAAACGCACUUCGCACUCCAGUAGUCACAGGCGGUUCCCCAGCACAGGCAGCUGUGAGGCAGGAGGGAGUAACUCUCUUCAGAACAGCCCGGUGCGCUCCCUCUCUCACUGGAACAGCCAAUCCAGCAUGCCCUCCACUCCUGACCUGAGAACACGGAGCUACGUUCACUCAGCAAGUCUAACUCAGCCCUUCCGUGGGCGGAGCUCCAGCCUGGAGUCUCAGGGGAAGCUGCUUUCAUUGGAGCCGGACACAGAGGCGGGGCUUAGCCCUGACCUCUUCCUGUCAGGCACGCAGAGGACAGGAAGCAAUGGCUCCGUUGUCCCAGACGACUGCUCUUCUUGCACCAGCCACUCCAGUUCGGAACAUUACUAUCCCUCAUCCACCUCUAACCCCAACUACUGCACGCUGGCCGAGGACUCGCCCUCCAAAGCCCGCCAGCGCCAACGACAACGGCACAAAUCCGCCGGGCACCUGGGCGCCUCUAGUUCCGGCAGCAUGCCCAACCUGGCGGCCCGUAACGGGGGCACUCACACUGGGGUGUGCGGCAGCCACCAGGGAGUGUACCUCCACAGCCAGAGCCAACCUUCUUCGCAGUAUCGCAUCAAAGAGUACCCGCUUUACACGGAGGGCAGCAGCCCCAACGCCGUGGUGGUCCGCAGUUUGGAAAACGACCAAGAAGGACACUACAGCGUCAAGGCGCAGUUCAAGACCUCCAAUUCCUACACAGCUGGAGGGCUUUAUAAGGAGGGCUGGGGCUCGGGGGAGGACGGGGAAACGGGCGUGGGCAGCGGGAGGUUGACGCCCUCCCGUUCGCAGAUUGUGAGGACACCGUCUCUGGGCAGGGAGGGUGGAGGAGGGGGACGGACAGCAGUGUCAGACGAGCUGCGGUGCUGGUACCAGCGCUCAUCUGGAUCACUGAAGGAACACAGUCGGGUUACGCACACCAGCUCCAACACCUCAGACGGCCGUGGAGGGCGGAUAGGAUCACUAGCGAAGGGCUCACCAGCUGCCUCUCCACUCAGUCAGAGGAGUGGAACUCCAUGUAGUGACCCUACAGCCACGCCCCCCUGCAGCCCACAGCACAUACUCAACUGGCAGAGCGGUAAUACGACUGAAAGUUCUCCUACUGAAGAGCGUUCUCCCUCUCACCAAACCACUGACCAGUAGAGAGAUCUCCAUUCAGUGAUUGUUUCCUGAGCAGUCCCCUGUGCUCUGAGAUAGCGGAUGUACAGUGGUACGGACACGAGAAGGCAAAGCCGGGAACACUUGUCUAAACCCCCAUCCCUCUCGCCUCUGUCUAAAAGAGAGAGUUUAAAAGGCAGUCUUGACUAUUGGCUGGACCUCAUCUAAUCCCAUUGGCUGGAGCCAGUAUCACCUGACCUACUCCUUUUCCGCUAUCUUUCUCUGUAUAUCCGGCAGAACAGUGCUAAUGAACAAUGGAAAUACAGGAGACUGAGCCUGACCUUUUUUUGACCCUUCCCCUUGGACGUUGAACUUUGACCCAGUUAGCUGGCAGCCAGUUCCUCUGUAUGCACAAACCCUCUGUGUCUAAGCUGAUGCGCAUGAGAACAACCUCUUGUGUGCACAUGUAUGUGUCAACGUUGUACUAUAAGGAAAUUCCACCCAUACGCACCCACACACACAUGCUCGAAUAGACAUUUGUCCCCUGCUGUCAUGUGUUCCUCUGCACUGAUGUCAGAGAGCCGACGUUCUCUUAAAUACACAUGACAUGCACACAAACACAUUCCGAUGGACUGCAUUGCCGUCAACUGUCUACUCUAGAUUUUUACGCUCUCAGUUCAGUUUUAAAACAUUUGUGACCGCAAGCCCCUCCUUCAUUCUACAGAAUCCUUUGUCAUUGGAGUGAACCAUAAACCCAAAAGUUUGUGGGCAUCCCUGUUUCACGAUCUGUGAUAUUUUGUGACUAAGAAUAGAGCUUUUUGUGUCAACCUUUCGACGGUGGACCUGGAUUUAUCCAAGAAUAACCUUAAAACAGUUUCUCCAUCACUGAAGAAGAUGGUCCUGACAUGACCAGACGCAUGUAAUUUAAAAAACAUUGUUCACGUCUCUUUGUGAUAACUGUGUCACAGCUGUCAUUUCAAGGUAAUGUGGUCUUUGUCUGUAUGUAAUGAAGAUUUGCCAUUUUCAAAUCGUUGGUUUAUUGCUAAUUCAUCCAUUAGCUAUCCUUUAGAAGCCAUAGCUGUACAACUAAUCUGAAACGUUAGGUAGGGGUCAGAAAUGACCUUCUCGCGUUAAACAACCAGUCUGUGAAGUACUGUAUGUGCCGCAUAAUAACUCAGGCCCAACCAGUGUACUUUGCCACUAAGGCAACUUGCCAAAAUGGUGCUCUGAGCCUGUACUGUACACAGAUGAACCAGAUGUUCCACAAUCCCCUGCUGUAAGCCCAUACUGCGUGCAGAACUGUCACAGCCUGAAAACCCCAAUAGUCCUUCUCUAUAUAGCAUUGUGACAUCAUCGCGGGAACACGAAUGCUGGGUCUACAAGUGGGACUCCAAACAUUCUGGCCUUAUAGGUUUUUCGUUCUUUUGUGCUUGUCUGUUUUUAAUUCCCAGUAUUUUGCUCACAGUUAUAUAACGGCUUUAACAUUACGUUCAUAUUUGUAAAACCGGAUGAGCACAACAUAACGUGGCACACAGACUUAAAACCAAGACAAAAUUGCAGUCUAAAUGAUGUUACCUCUGCCCUGGCCUGUCAGGAGAACAGCAUUCCAGAAUGUGAUGAGACUCAAGCAGGAGCUUCGUUUUCAAAGCCGACAAACCUCUAACGUCAUAUCCCGUAAACAACCACAAGCUCAGACAUCUCAAUGUGAGAUGAGAACAGGGUGACUCAUCACAAUCUCAUACGAGACCACCGGUGCCCGUCUCCUCGAUCGUCUGCUAUCGAGGAAAAACAUCAAGCCAUAGAUCGCAUUUAUUUAUACAUCCUACAGUGAGACCGUGUACACCCAGAGUACCUUAAAAACAGGUAGCUGAAAGCACACCCUCGACCAGUUCAUUCAUUAUAGAUUCAAAAGGGUCCAAAUCAGACGCUAUCAUGUCGUUAAAUGCAAGAAAAGUAAACCGGAUUAUGUCUUUAAAGAUAGAAAUGUGUUCUCUCCCAUUUUUAGUGCAUGCUCAAGACACACUGUGCAUCCUAAUGUUCAACCAAACAACCCUUACCGCAAAUAAAACAGCAAUGUGAGCUUGCUCGCACUCGUCUACCUGUAUUCUGUACUGAAAACAACGUGAAUCUUUUAUAUUAAAAGACCAACUAAGACAUUUAUCAACAUUUAAAGGCAGGACUAUGAGAACCUUGAACGGGUUCUUUUAAAGGAGAGUCGAACAUUUAUUUCAUGAUUUUUAUAAAUCAGUAUUUGUGUUCUUUCAGUCUUACAGGUAUUUUUCACAAAGCUGGGAAAUAGUAACAACACGUUCAGGUGCUACGGAGAGAGCGGUUACCGAGCGAGAUCAGCGCUUUCGUUUCCUGGCUGUAGACUUUUCCUAACUGUUGUCAAUAGUUUUAAAAGCAGUCGUGCAAAAUGAAGGACGUUAGUUACUAACGUGUGUCUUAUCACUUCAUCUUGACAAUAGAGCAUGAGAUCAUUACAGACGUAACCGGACACAAUAAAACAAUGUUGUAGAAAAAAAGAGUGGAAUUGUUGGGCGGGUUAAAUGUAAACGAAUUCCACAGUUAAUUUAUUCUUUUUUCUAUUAAGAAUUUGUAUAGUAACAUUUUUUAAAAACCGUGUUGUUGGCAACUGAUACUGAAUUUUCCAGAUGAGAAAUGUGGUGGUUCUUGAGAUUCUGAAAUAAAUUAUUGCUGAAUGUUCUCUUAACUAAUGUGUGAAAUCAUUUUAUUGUAUUUCGACCAAAAUCCAUCUGGCUAGUGGAUGGCAAUAUAACUAUUUAUUUAACAUUUUAAUUUAUUUUCAUAUGAAUGUUUAUUCAUAUUUUAUUGUGUAUUAAUUAUAUUAAAUUAAAACUACUCAAGAGACAUUUUUGCGGACAUCUACCUAAGCUUUGGGCGACAUAACAUUUCUUUACAUUGUUUCCGCUGAAUCCAUCUAUAUACAUAAUGUAUCAUUAUUUAUAAUGCAUCAUGCCUCCAGGAUGUGAUGAUUCUGUUUCCUUGAUGUCUCAUUGAACUUUCUCCAUCACCUUUGUUUGUGUCAGUGUAUUAGUAAUGAGAUGAGCUGUAGGUGAAGCUGACAGUAACACUUUGUGAAACACAGGAUUUGAUUUGUCAAAUCUGAGUGCUGCUCAAGUGAUAUGCAAAUGUGUCAUUGUCAUGUCCUAGAAACACUAAUAACAUUAAUGGCAAAAAAUGUAGCACCUGCAGAUGACUUACAUUUUAUGUCCAUGUAAUAUAUGCAGAUUUGAGUCUGUUUAUAUGAUGCAAAGUUUUUCUAGUUGAACCUUAGGUGAAUGUAUGCCCUCAUAGAAAUUCAUUAGCUAGAGAGA